GACGAGAAUCAGUGUGUUUUGUGCCAUCAGCAUAACAACAAGUCAUUUUUCUGCCUGAAGUUAAUUGAUUCUAAUCAUUAUUUGCUUCACGAUGUCGUCAAUUGCUAAAGUUUUUGCUACAAAUGCCGCUUUGUUGGUGAAACAACAAGCUUUCAAGCCUCGUUUCUACUGCGCUGCUGCCCAGAAAAAUUUCGAGUUCAUCAAGACGGAGCGUCAAGGCGAGAAGAAAAAUGUCGCUGUUAUCACGUUGAAUCGCCCAAAAGCCCUCAACGCCUUGUGCAACGGACUCAUGGCUGAAGUCACCGAAGCCUUGGAUCUCUUGGAAGCUGAUGAUUCGGUAAAAGCGAUCGUUAUUACGGGCAGCGAGAAGGCUUUUGCCGCCGGAGCUGACAUCAAAGAGAUGCAACCAAACACUUACCAUCACUGCAUUCACAACAAUUUCAUCAGCAAAUGGUCUCGCGUUGCCCAAUCGGCAAAACCCAUCAUCGCCGCUGUCAAUGGCUACGCUCUCGGAGGCGGCUGCGAAUUCGCGAUGAUGUGCGACAUCAUCUAUGCCGGCGACAAAGCAAAAUUCGGACAACCCGAAAUCGCUCUCGGAACAAUUCCCGGCGCCGGAGGCACUCAACGCUUGACGCGUGCGAUCGGAAAGUCAAAAGCGAUGGAAAUGUGCUUGACAGGCAACAUGAUGACGGCACAAGAAGCGGAAAAGGCGGGACUUGUGAGCAAAGUUGUGCCUGCGGAUCAAUUGUUGGCCGAAGCGGUGAAAUUGGGAGAGAAAAUUGCGACGCAUUCGCCCUUGAUUGUCAAGUUGUGCAAAGAAUCCGUGAAUCAAGCGUUCGAGACGACUUUGCAACAAGGCUUGCUCUUUGAACGUCGCACAUUCCACGCCACAUUUAGCACGAAAGAUCGCAAGGAAGGCAUGACGGCAUUCGUUGAGAAGCGUGCACCCAAUUUCACGAGCGAAUAAAUGAAGGAAGGAAAAAAAACAGGAAUUUGUACCUCAGACUUGUGCAUUUAUGAACAUUUGAAAUGUUUUUUUUAAAGAUAAAUCAGAAAUAUUUUGCAAUAAAGAGUUUUCCAUUUUAAC